UGCCCAAUCGAUUCCUUCAGCCUGCUUUUAAGCCCUCCUAGACCCUCUUCUACCGCGCGCGCAAACAGAUCCACACGAACCUAUGCGACUACUAUACACUGCAAACGAUGGGAGGCUCAGCUGGACCGACGAUUUGGUUGGCAACCAGAUCCCCCCCUAUGCGAUCCUGUCACACACCUGGGAUGGGCAGGAGGUAGCCUUUAAGGAUCUUCAGAACCACAAAGAUAUAGAGGGUGUCGAUGCAAAGCUCAAAGGGGGGUACCAAAAGAUUUUCUUCUGCGCUGAGCAAGCCAAGCGCGAUGGUCUGGACCACUUCUGGGUAGACACCUGCUGCAUCGACAAGUCAAACAACACAGAGCUAUCAGAAGCGAUCAACUCCAUGUUUCGCUGGUAUCAGAACGCAAAGAAGUGUUAUGUCUACCUUUCGGACGUUGAGAACAACACCUUGAAUGAUGAGGGCGAGUCGAAGUUCAAGCGGAGCAGAUGGUUUACGCGGGGCUGGACGCUCCAGGAGCUCCUGGCUCCUAAAUUGGUCGAGUUCUUCUCUAAAGAAGGAGCGCGACUGGGCGACAAAGAAUCGCUGAAACACAUCGUUCAGGAUGUGACAGGAAUACCCGUGGAUGCUCUGGCAGGGAGUGACUUGUCCGAGUUUGAUGUUGCUGAGCGUUUCUCUUGGGCGGGAAAACGCCAAACGACGCGUGAAGAAGACGGAGCAUACUGUCUGCUAGGCAUCUUUGGCAUCUACAUGUCGCUGAUAUACGGCGAAGGCAAAGAUAACGCGAUUAAACGGCUGCAAAAAAAGAUACAGGAGGCUACCGAGGACAUUGCGGGUGUUUCUGUAAGCAACAUCAAAAUCCACAGCCGGGACCAAGAAGGGAGGCUUGGCAAGAUCUGCAGCUGGCUGUCAGCGCCAGACCCGUCCACAAACUACCACAAAGCGCACAAGCAGCGGCAGGCCGAGACUGGACUCUGGCUGCUGGAUGGUCUGAAGUUCACAGAAUGGAAGGAGCGUGCGGCGUCUCGACUGUGGCUGUAUGGGAUCCCAGGAUGUGGGAAGACCAUCCUAAGCUCUACCAUCAUCGAGCAUCUGCUGCAGCACUGCUAUGACGACGUCAGUAUGGUGACGGCAUACUUCUACUUUGACUUCAAUGAUACACAGAAACAAAACCCGGAGCUGAUGCUCCGCUCGCUGCUCUGUCAGCUCCUGCAGCGUUCGUCUACGAUAUCUAAGGGCGUUGAUACACUAUUCUCGUCCUGCGAGAACGGACAACGCCAGCCGUCACUGCAUGCACUUCUCAAACUGACACCACAGGUGAUGCAACAGUUCAAGCAUGCCUACAUCGUUCUCGAUGCGCUUGACGAGUGUACACAACGCCAAGAACUAAUGAACGUGCUUGAGACAGUGGCUGGGUGGCAGCUUGACAACGUGCAUCUGCUCAUGACCAGCCGGAAAGAGCGGGACAUCGAGACCUCUUUGGAGGAUUAUAUCAGGGAAGAGGACGCUAUCUGUCUUCAGAGGGACGUGGUGGACAGGGACAUACAACAAUACGUUCAACAAAGGCUGUCUGACGAUAAGACUUUGGCAAAAUGGAACACAGAUGCUGCUGUGAGGCAAGAGAUCGAGACUGCACUGAUGUGCGGAGCUCGCGGCAUGUACGUGUGUUUUCUAAGACCCCACAGAAACAAAGCUAACAAUGGUGUAUGUUCCGAUGGGCCGUGUGUCAGCUCGACACGCUAGCAAAGUGUCGCAAUCGAGCGAUGCUGCGCAAGUCGCUGGCCACUUUGCCGCAAACGCUGGACCAGACAUACGACCGCAUUCUCACCGCUAUAAGCGAAGAAGAUUGCGAUUACGCGAAACGCAUCCUGCAGUGGCUGACAUUCUCU